AUGAAAGAUAGAGAAGAUAAUGAAAGGAAACAGAGGGAAGAAAAAGAAAGGAAGGAAAAGAAAGAGAGGAAGAAGAAAGGAAGAAAAAUAAAAGAAGGCAAAAGAGGAAAAAGAAAGGAAAGAGAAAGAAAAGGAGAGCUAGAGAAAGAACGGAAGGAAACAGAAAAGAAGGGAAAAGAGGAAAAAGAAAAAGAGGAAAAAGAGGAAAAAGAUAGAAAGGAAAAAGAAAGAAAGGCGCAUGAGGAAAAAGAAGAGAAGCCCCAUAAUGCUGAGACAGGAGAAAGAGAAGAAGGAAAAAGAGGAGUUACUAAAAAGAAGGAAGCAGAGGAGAAACAAAUAAAUGACAAGAAAAUUAGAAAGGAAAAGGAAAAUCAGAAGUUAAAGAAUGAGGAAAAUGAAAGGAAGCAAAAAGAGGAGAGAGAGAGAGACAGAAAAAUCAGGAAGAAAUUAGGAGAGAAGGCGAGAAAAGGGACAAAAAUGAAAAAGAAAGAUGAAAAACUAAAAGAGUGUGAAAAGAAGGAUAAGAAUGAGAAAGACAAAGACAGUAAGAAAAAGGAGGGAAAACAGAAAGAAGAUAUGAAAAGGAAGACAGAUGAACAUAAGAAAACUGAUAAAGAUAAAAUACUUAAGAACUCGUAUAGAGAAAUCGAAAUAAAAGAGGAUGAAGAGAUGAUAGACAUUGAGAAAGUCCAGGAAAUGAAAGAAAAUAGAAGAAACAGAAAGAGAAAACUAGUAUGUGAAAAGAUUGACAAAGAAUUUGAGAAAAUGAGGGAUAUGAAUAUGAAAUUAUAA